CCCCCCCCUGGCGAGAGCGAUUGUACUGAAUAAUAGUACUGGUAUGCGUGACAUGCACAUAGAGAUGUAUACUAUGACAAUUGACAUGCAGUACCCUACACAGAUGCACUACUCAAGUUCAUUGCCUACAAUUCACAUGAUUCAGCGAGGAAAUAGAUCGAAAUACAUCGUUGGACUGAACGAACAAGUGCUACACGUUUUAAUAAUCAGCAAGAAUUAAAAAGGUCAAAGCCCUCGAUCCCGGAAUAAAGUCUUGUGUAGCUAUCUGCGAUUUCAGCCAUCAUGGCUUCAUACACGAUAAGGAAAGGCAGAAUAGAGGACUGUGACGCUCUCUUCGAGCUUGCUAUGAAACUCCGUGUACACACCGGCGAUUCAGUUUUCGGGGGCCCAGUCACCACAGAAGAAAUUCUCUCUUCAAUAUUUUUGACAGUGCUAAGAGAAGACGGAUUUGGACCUUUACCACGGUAUAGGUUCUACCUGGCAAUUUAUUCACCUCCUGAAAACGGACCUAAAACAACUGAAAAGGAAAAGGCAGUCGGUUUCGCAGGUUUGAGCGACAUGUUCUGCCCGUUGUCUGGGCGUACGUCAUAUCUUACUGGGCUUUUCGUAGACGCGGAGCAUCGAGGUAAUCAUUUAGGAGUGGCACUAAUGAAAGCAGUAGCGCAGGAUUGCGUGAAACAGAGAAGCAGCAGGCUCAGUUUUGCAGUGGAUACCAACGAUCUCAAUACCAGGAAAUUUUACGCUGCGAUUGGAGCAACAAAUCUUACCGAGUCGACUUGUCCAAAUGAAUACUGGAGAUUUUUUGAGCCGAACAUCAGAAAGCUAGCAACUGGCGACGAGCUCAAAUCUUCAUGUGGCAAAACUAUUGCAUUUAAAACCGACUAAUAAUAUUAAAAAAAAAAAAAAAAUGGUUAUUCACGGAGGCCUCCAAAUCACUUGGCGUUCUUAGAUAGGAAUAAGGGAGUAAAUUCUAGAAAAAUAAAAUGUGAUGGAAAAACUAAAGCUCUAAAUAUAAUUUACAGUUCAUUCAUGUCAAUUAGCAACCUUGUGGAUUUUGAACUGUUCGCAUUAAAAUUUGUCAUGCAAUGCAGCGCGUAAAAAGUAAAAGCUCUCAAAAGUUGUUUCUAAGCCUAUGAAUGUUGACUGAAUGCCCUUUUCACAGGAUGAUGAUCCCAAAAUACAAAUAUUUGUUCAUGCAUGACCGAACAAUGGCUUUGUAAUUGACCCUUGACAAGGGUGUCGAAAAUAGCUUUCGACAUAAAUAUACACAAUUCAAGCAGCAGAGAGCUGGGCACUCGCAGUCGAAUAAUUGCUCUUUGCAUAAUGUGCAAUUAUGUUUUAUUCACUUGUCGAAUCCAUACAAUAAUUCAAUUUGUAAUUUGUUUUAUG